UUUCCUCCAUCAGAACAGAAAAAGUAGCCACAAACUCCAAAGAAAACGACGACUUACUCUUAAAUUGAACAAAUCACCAUUCUUAAUACGAAUUUUUGUAAUGUUACUGACUUGAAAAUACAUAUACUCUUAAUAUUUUAGUUCGUCUGAGCCAGUGGAGGCUAGAAUGUCCCGACAUGAUGGUGUCAGCUGUGAUUCAUGUUUGAAGAGUAACUUCCGAGGAAAGCGAUACAAAUGUUUGGUUUGCUAUGAUUAUGACCUCUGCGCCACAUGCUAUGAAUCAGGGGCUACCUCCACCCGCCACACCAAUGAUCAUUCUGUGCAGUGUAUUAUUACCAGAUCAGACUUUGAUAUAUUUUACGGAGGGGAAGCUAUAACUGCAGAGCAACCACAGGCAUUUUCGUGUCCAUACUGCACCAAGAUGGGAUAUACGGAGGCAUUACUGCAGGAACAUGUCACUGCAGAUCAUGCAGAUACCUCAAUAGAAGUGGUAUGUCCAAUCUGUGCAUCACUGCCUGGCGGAGACCCCAACCAUGUGACUGACGACUUCGCCGCUCACCUUACUUUAGAGCACCGUGCUCCUAGAGAAUUCGAUGAACCAACAGGGAUUCGUCACGUACGUAGAAUACCACACCCUGGCCGAGGGGUGGGUGGAGCCAGAACACGUCGAGCCACCAACAUGCACUUUUCUGGAACCAGCGGAGCCUCUCUAACCGGCCUCUCCCCCAGCGGCAGGGAGGCUAUGGACCCCAUAGCUGAGCUUCUCUCUCAGUUGUCAAGUGUUCGGAGUAGGGCGGCUGCAGCCCAGAGCGUAACCUCCCAGUUGCAGCAACUAGAGAUGCAGUUACAGUCAACUAGGUCUGCAAAACAACAGUUGGAGAGGACUCCGCGUCGACAGAUGGUUGAGGCGGCUAAGACGACAGCCGCAGGGGUGGUGGCAUCGGGGGAGGCAGGAGGGAGCAACACUGCUGGCAACAACAACAAUGCUGUAACCAACUCUCUCUACCUUCUAGCCAGAUGCAGUGAGCCUGUGAUAGAUGAAAUGGAUGUGGAGGCUGGCAGACGAGAACGCUCCAGUCGAAGCCUGUUCAUCCAGGAAUUACUCCUUUCUAUGCUCACCGAGCAAACCAACCUUCCUGAUUCCACGCUAGAAAACCUUGAUAAACUCUUACUCUCUGACCAGUUGCAAGAGGCGACGUCAGAAAAGUCAGAAAAGCCGGAUGAAGAGACAGACAAAAGUGAUAAUGCCCACAUAGAGGGGGCUACUGCCAUGGAAAAGGAGAAUGUGCCGCUUGCUAGUAGUAAAAGUUCUAGUUCUGAGGCGCAUUUUGUGGUAACAGGAGCUAGUGCUGUGAAUAAAAGCGUAGGACAAAAACCAGUGGAAAGAGCAUUGACUGGAACAAAACAGAAAGCCUUAGGUUCUUCUGUGGUGUCCGCUGUAAAUGGGAAAGGUGCAAGCGGCAUUUCUGGUGGCCGAGUUCGGCAAAGUACCGUUCAGUACCAAAGUCAAGGUGAGCGCCACAGUCAGUCACUGCAUAAUGUUCGACAGAGCAGUCUUAUGCAGAAUAUGGAACUGUCGAAUAAUUUAUCAUUAAAUGUUGGCGGGCGCAGCGGGGGUGCUGCAUAUGAUACGGAGAAUCCACAACCGUUGCCGGGGCGACCUGGUUCUGGGGGCCGGGAAAGGGAAGGCCCCAUUAAUCCUGCUACUGCAAAACGAAAUAUGGUGAAGCAUUUUCCAGCCACAAAAGCGUCUGAUCGGGAACCCCCUCCCCACUGAAUGAAGAAAUAGGGGACGGUCAUAGGUUAUAUAGUAUCCUCAAAUGUUUAUAUAAUUGAUUUUCCUUGUACUGGUGGAUUUUUAUUACUUUAACAUGGUUAUUUAUUAACGGCUUGACUAUAAGUCAAGUUGUUUUAUUGACAAUAGAAUGUAUAUGAACCUGUUAAGAUAUGUAUUGUAUGUGCUAUUUAGAUAAAAGAGUAAGAGAACCAUCAAGUUUAAGUAAAGUAAAAGAUUAACUCUUGCAUAUCCUGCCUAGAAACUAAAAUGCAAAAUGCAGUAUGGGUGGCUCUCAUAGUUUGCUAAAGAAAUCUUUGUUUGGGGUUUGUGUUAGUUGUCUUUUUAAAAAAAUAUAAACCAAGCUGAUUAAAAAGGAAACUUAAGAUUAAGCAGACUAACAAAAAAGUUUUGGAAUUAACAUAUAGGUUAAGAUAUGCAACAGGGAAUCUGAGUAGCUUGGUCAUGAAUGUGUUAACUAGGCUGUCAGUUGCAUAAUUGUAUCAUUAUCACAGUUCUUGUUGAAUACAUCAUGUUAGCCAUAUCAGAACGGUAUCAAAUUCAAAGAUAGUUAACUUAUUUGCUUGUUUGACAAUUGUUAUAUUAUUGAACUUUUUUUUAAAAAGUGAUCAAUUUAAAAUGUUUUCAUUCAGGGCUCAAAUUAAGCACUCACAAACUUGUGAAUGCUGGUGAUAAAUGGAAAAUACAAGUAAAUUUUGAAGGUUCAUACAAAAAACUUUUGAAGUCUAAAAUGCUGUGGAAAAAAGCAACUUUCAGUUUCUGUUUGUUAGCUUUUGUUUGCCUACUUUCAUUUUCCCACCAACAUGCAUAAAAUUAUAACUUUUUCACAAGGUAUUAUGUUUUCACUAUUUUAGCGCUUUCUCCUGGUAGACUGGUAUUUCAUGUUCAAAUCUUAGAUGGCAGUAGUUGACUAGUAUUGAUUGAUCAUCAUGGCAAGCUGGAAAUAGCAUGGGUUUUUUUUUCGAGCAUGAUUUGAAAGUGGUUUCUACAACAGCUGAUAGUGAUGGUUAAUCUGACCAAUCAAUCUAGAAAAACUAUAUUGUAACUAUAUGGGAGAAGUAACUCAACGUAAAAUGAACAAACCAUGAAGAUAAAAAUGGAAAUGUCUACAAGACAUUUUGUGCAGACUGCCUCAAAUAAUUGCCAAACCAGACUUCAUCAAUUGUAUGCUAAUGUUAUACCUUUAUAAUGUAAUCUUUUACGACACAGAAAUUAAAAUGUAAUAAACGAAUAAUUAUGAAAUCACAAAAAAUUGUGAGUUAACUUAAAAAAAUUGCGAGUUAAUUUUUCAGUUAGUUCACGUCUGUUUUUAAACUUGAGCCCUGGCAUUUGAUGUUUUUGCAUACCAGCUCUGAUACUUGAAAAACAAGAUGGUGUAUGUUUAUCCAAAGUUAUAAGGAAUUGUUUAUGUCAAAAUCAUAUUUUUCACAUUCUUGUUUGUGAACUAAUAAAACAACCUCACUUUGCAAUGGAAUUUUUUAUUACCUCUUUGUAAGAUUCAUGUCUCAUUAACUGUUUUUGUCUGUGAAUAGUGAGUGUUGUAAUAAUCAAUUUAUAUACAAUUUUUGCAGUUAUUUAUGUAAAUGCGCUGGAAUCAUGUAUACCAUACAUAUACAGAGACCAUUUGAACAAAAACAGCUGUAAAGAAAAUACAAGUCCAUUUUCUAUGAAUCAGUAAAUGUUGCAUUUAUCUAAGUAAUUUAAAUUGAACAUAUUAAUCAAAAUGUUCAAAAUGUGGAAUUUCACCCUUUAUUGCCGGACAUUUUGUAUCAAAAUAGUUGAUUUUUCAGAAUUAUAUAAUGAUACAAUACAAUAGUUAAAUUUAUAGAUGGGUUUAAUUCUAGGAAACCGACCUGUUUUUCACAGACCUCUUUUUCACACUUGUUUCGUAAAGAGGUGGUACUUAAGAACCUAAGUAGUUCUUUACAAUAGUGUUAAUCUAACUUAUCUAUCAGCUAUUUAACCAUUGUUAGGUUAAAAACUUUUGGAUCAAAUAGGGUGGAUGAAAUAUGGAUGCAAAUAUAUCAUGGUAGUUUUGAGGUCAGAUAUCCAAAACAUUUAAAAUACCAUUAUUUGUCUAUGGCUGGAUAAUCAGACAUUGCUGUGCUUGUUAGUUUGAAAAGAAAAUGCCAAACAAAUGUAUGACAUAUAUAGUAAAUGUUAUGUAUACAGCUCAUAUUUCUACAUAAUGACACCUGUAAGUGCAUAUCUCGCUGUGAUAAUAGUAAAUGUAUUGUUUAUUUCUGAUUUCUUACUUUUUUGUUUUUGUUAUUUUCAUAGCUGUUUCGGGAUUACACAUGUAACAGAGUUGAUGUUGUUUAACAUCAUUGGAAACCUUGUGUAGUUAGUUUAUGCUUCUUGUCCUUAAUGUCAAGGUUAGUUGUACAUUCUAAACUGGCUUGUACAUUCUUGACUGGCUUGUACAUUCUUUAGCAAAUACAUUCAGUAUUGGCUUGUACAUUCUAUACUGGCUUGUACAUUCUUUACUUGGUUAUACAUUCUGCAUUGGCUUGUACCUUCUUUUCUUCCUUGUACAUUCUGAAUUUGCUUUUACAUGUUUUACUGGCUUGUAUGUUCUGUACUGGCAAGAACUUUCUGUACUGGCUUGUACAUUAUGUACUGGCCUGUAUGUUCUGUACUGGCUUGUACAUUCUGUACUGGCUUGAAGAUUCUGUACUGGCUUGUAGAUUCUGUACUGGCUAGUAUGUUCUGUACUGGCUUGUACAUUCUGUACUGGCUUGUAGAUUCUGUACUGGCUAGUAUGUUCUGUACUGGCUUUUAUGUUCUGUAUUUGCUAACUGGCUUGUACAUUAUGUACUGACUUUUACAUUCUGAACUGGCUUGUGCAUUCUGUACUGGCUUGUGCAUUCUGUACUGGCUUGUGCAUUCUGUACUGGCUUGUACAUUCUGUACUGACUUUUACAUUCUGAACUGGCUUGUGCAUUCUGUACAGGCUUGUACAUUCUGUACUGGCUUAUACAUUCUGUACUGGCUUGUGCAUUCUGUACUGACUUUUACAUUCUGAACUGGCUUGUGCAUUCUGUACUGGCUUGUACAUUCUGUACUGGCUUGUACAUUCUGUACUGACUUUUACAUUCUGAACUGGCUUAUACAUUCUGUACAGGCUUGUACAUUCUGUACUGGCUUAUACAUUCUGUACUGGCUUGUGCAUUCUGUACUGACUUUUACAUUCUGAACUGGCUUGUGCAUUCUGUACUGGCUUGUACAUUCUGUACUGGCUUAUACAUUCUGUACUGGCUUGUGCAUUCUGUACUGACUUUUACAUUCUGAACUGGCUUGUGCAUUCUGUACAGGCUUGUGCAUUCUGUACAGGCUUGUACAUUCUGUACUGGCUUAUACAUUCUGUACUGGCUGGUACUUUCGUUACUGGCUUGUACAGAAUCUGUACUGGCUUGUACUUUCGUUACUGGCUUGUACAGAAUCUGUACUGGCUGGUACUUCCUUUACAUUAAUGACAGAUAAAGGCAAAAUCAUUAUCUGGUUGAUACAUGGCAAACAUAAUUUAAAUCUUUUGGAAAUGUUAAUUUAAGCAGUUAUCGGAUACUAGCCUGUCAAUCUUGGUUGCCUUGACAUUGAAAUACAAAGUUGCAACCAUUCUCAUUUUUCUUCAAAACAGUGGUUUAACUGUUUCUAAGAUUGUUACACAUAGUAAAUGUUUACACCACAUAAAUGCAAAAUGCAAGAAAUUUCAUCGUAAUUGUAUAUGUUGACAGAUUAGGUAUUUAAACAGUUACUGCUGUAAAAACAUAUUGAGUGUAUACAAUCCCUUUCAACAUACAGUAAGCAUCUGGUUAUAACAGAUCGCAUACACUGUAAUUCGAGUUUCUGCCCCUAUUAUAGUUAACAUACUGUUGUACGUUUUGUUCUGACAAUAAUCGGUACUAACUGUUUCUUUAAUUUGACCGAUUUGUAAGUGGCUUUUGUACUGCUUUUAGUUUGUGUGACCUUUUAUACAAACCUGUCUAAUAUGCCAAGAUACCUGGACCUGACUAUCCUACAUCAGCUGUCUUCAUACAACAAUGAUCAUCUCUUGGUAAACAGGUGUCAUUUUCAACCUUACAAAUCAUACUUCAUGAUUGUAUUGUGUCUCUAUAGUUGAUUUAAGAUAUGAACUAUCAUUAAAUACUAGUAUAAAAAACACACUAAUUUUUAAGUUUUGAAUGUUGUGUUCAUUUUUGAACAUGGAAAUUUAAGAAAGUAUCAAGAACUUUGCUAUCAUUAGUAUCAUAAACGAGGGAUUUUUUUUCGUUACUAAGUUGCUUUUUAUUCUUGCUUGUAAAUUUCCAACUACUUUAAUUGUAAUUUAUAACAAAAAUUAACAUGGCAUUAAUGCAGCUUGUUCUAAAAACCAUAUAGAUAUGCAAAAAAAAAGAUACUCUAGUUCAUGUUUACAAGUGGACAACACACUGCUUAAGCCAUAGGUUAAAUAAUUCUUGUUUUCAGUUUACAACUUGUCAUUCAGUUAAAAAUACAGCAGAAUUCAAAAUGUAUGGCAUGAUAAUCAGUGUUUAAAUUGUAUGAAUUGUUGAAAGUUGUAAAUAUCUUCAAAUACUGGAUCAAAAUUGUUAUGGCCGGGUUCAAGUGUUCACUGUGGAAACUGUGGUUGAAGCUGAAUGUUUUAAGCCUAAAUUCUGGUUACCACAGUUAAAACGCUUGAACUAAUCCUUACAGAAACCUAUACAAGAUUUCAGUAUUGUAUACACCUGACAGUGAUUAUACCAUUUGUUGAUUUUUUUUCUGUCCACGAUAUGUGUCGACAUUCAUAUUAUUGAGGUAAAUGUGUGUGUUACUUGCAAUGUUUAAUGCUAUUAAAUAAAUACUUAUGAUUUA